AUGAAUACUGAUAUGUUUGGAGACAAGAGUCCCUCUGGUUGCUAUAACAUGAGCACGCUCGGAAACCCAUACUUUGUAGGGAGGGCUGAAAAGCUCGAGGAACUGGAGCAAAAGCUCGUUCAAAACAAGGAAUGCCAGAAACUUGCCGUUGUAGGGCUCGGCGGGGUGGGAAAAACGCAACUUGCCUUGCAAUUUGCGCUGAAAUUGAGAAACAAAAAGCCGGCAUAUUCGAUUUUCUGGGUGUCAGCCCUCAGCAGGGCAGCCUUUGAGCAAGAUUACUUUAAAAUUGCCCAAGAGCUGAAUCUCAUUCACACUGCUGAUCCCGAAAAGAUCGAAGAUGUGGAAAUGCGAGUGAAGAGGCAUCUGAGUGGUGAACAUGGAGGGCAGUGGCUCUUCAUUAUUGACAAUGCCGACGAUGAGGGCGUAUUGUUUGGCCAGCCUGAGCGCCCUGGGAUUAUGAAAUUCCUCCCAGAGAGCCCCGACGGGCUGAUGCUGUUCACCACACGACAUCAAAAGGCAGCCGUUUCCCUUGCCCGGUCCGACGUCGUUGAGCUCCAUGAACUGAGUCCGGAUGAAGCGAGAAGCUUCUUCGAGAAGUCCGUGCUCCGGAAGGAGAUGCUCGCGGAGACGGAGGUGGUCGGAGAGCUCCUCAAGGAACUCACGUUCCUCCCAUUGGCCAUUACUCAAGCCGCGGCAUAUUUGAACGAAACCAAAAUGUCUCUUGUUCAGUAUCGCCGACUCCUCAAUAAGUCCGAGACCGACAUGCUGGGACUCCUCAGCCGGGAGUUUCACGACGAAACGACGCAGAGACGAAAUGCUGUGGCGACCACAUGGCUAGUCUCUUUCAACCAAAUUCGGGAAAACAAUCCCACUGCAGCUAGCCUGCUUUCCUUCAUAUCCUUCCUCGAGCCGAGGGCCAUACCAAAGCCAAUCCUGCCAUCUGUGCUUCCGGAAGAAGAGAUGGAGUAUGCGCUUGGCACCUUGUGCGCGUACAACUUUCUGGCUCAGCAAACCGAUGAAAAUAUGUAUGAGAUGCAUAGACUGGUGCAUCUGGCAACUAAGCUGUGGAUCCAGAAGCACAGCCUGGUCGACGAGGAGGGCGAAAAGGUCCACAAUCAUCUCGUUAACAUCAUCCCCGAAGGGCGUUAUGAAAACCAGCCCUUGUGGACUCUCUACCUUCCGCACGUACUGAGUCUCCUGAAGGCCAAGGGCGGCAAGGAAAGAGACUUGGCCAGAGGAUGCCACCUCUCCCGGAGAGUCACAAGCUACCUAUAUGCAUGCGGCCGGUUGAAGGAUGCCCUCGUCUCGUCCGUGGCGGUGUGUGAGUGGUCCAGCCACAACGAAGAUGCCGAGGACCCAGAUCGGCUUGGUUCAGAACUGGAACUGGCCAAGAUCUACUUGCACAUCGGCCAGCACCGAAAGGCAAUGCCUAUUUUGACUCGCCUGGCGAGAAUGUAUAGAAAGCUAUGCGAAGGAACGCAUCCAGAUUAUAUUUAUAUCCAUCGGGAGCUCGCCGCCUGCCAUUUAAGAAAUGGCGAGGAUGAGCAGGCGGUCGAUAUUCUGCAACGCCUCGUCGCGAUCCUCAAGGAUCGUUGUAUCACCAACGAGGAGGAGUUGUUCCAAUGCAGCUACGCACUGGCAAGGGCCUACCUAUUCCGGGAAAAUACAACGCAAGCAGCGGAGGCUUUACAGCCUAUCCUGGAGGCACGCGAGUACAUCCUGGAUGAAGAUCACCCGGAACGGAUCAGGUUGCAGCUGAUUCUGGCACAGACCCACCGAUUGAAGGGUCAAUAUCCGGCGGCAAUUAAGAUCCUCAAGCGCAUCGUUGAGAUGGAGCACACCACACUGCAUGAGAAUGGACUCGAGUUUACGGUGCCUCAAUUUGCGCUUGCAUUGACGUACAUUUCCGCCGGUCAGCCCGCGCAGGCCGUCCCAAUCCUACGACAAGUUGUCGCCACCCACGAGGCAACCUCCGAUGAAUCGUAUGAAUAUCUUCUCCGAGCGCAGAGUCUUCUGGGGAAAGCCUGCGUCAUGAACGGCCAACGAGUAGAGGGAAUGAGGCGAUUGCAGCACGUGUGUUCCGUUCGAGAGAAGCUUCAAGACAAGACACAUCCGCGGCGAAUCUUGUCCGAACUUGAUCUUGUGAGAGCAUAUAAAACCUGUGGACGUAUGGAGGAGGCCAAGAGCCUGCACAGUCGCCUAGCCACGGUCUGGAAGGACCUUAAUGAAGGAGAGAUAAAUUGGAUCGAAAGAAAACUACCUUCAAGUUCGUUUUAG